AACCUGCAUGACGUGGUUCCCCAUCCCUUCCACUUCCUGAAAAAACAUGCAAGACAGAAAGAGCGACUUGAGAAAGACAGAAAAUCUACAAGGGGGACACGGUUUAGAAGACAGAGAAACUUGGCUGGGGGUUUUUUCUUCUUCUUUUUUUAACUUCACAACUGCCUCUUCAGGAUCCGUUACGUCAAACAAUAUUGAUGACUGACCAGUUUGAGGAGCGAUGAAGAGCUCCCUGUCAACUGUAAAAUGCGAUGAGAGAAGUUGAACUGUGAAUGGUUUGAGACCUGUGGGCAAAGACAUAACAAUCAGUCGUAGGCUACAUUCCCCUCAUCUGCUUCUCGAGUCGUAAGAGUAGGCCUACACCCUCAUCAUUACAGCCAGACAGGACACACUACCAUGGAGGAUAUCACCCUGACCAAGUGGUUUAAGGUGAAAGAAUACGACCAGAAGAGUGAGCAGCGGUCAGAGAAACACAAGGGACUACGGGGACGCAACAACGUUACUUCCUGUCGGAGCCCAACCAGAGAACUGGACACACGGUGGAUCAAGAAGGAGCUGAGGCGGAAGAGACAGCAGGAAUUCAAUAUAAGACGAUCAGUCAGCCCAGAAAGGGCCAAAGACUCUGCGAAGUUCAAGGACGACAGUUGUGUCAUCUGUGACGAAGCGAAGACAGAGUCUUUGCAGUGUAACAUCAAUUGGCCUAUGUCCCCUGGGCUUAUGUCCAAUGUAAGGCCAUUGACAAUGGUUCGAAGAAUAAAGACGUCCACAGAUGACCUGGACAACAGUGAAUGGGCCUCAAUAUGGAAAAACGAGAAGAGCAGUACUAGAACACUAGAGGCAGUUUCCUCCACCUUCACCACCUCGACCAGAGAACCACCCACCUCCACCCCAACCACCUGCACCUUGACCAGAGAACCACACAUCUCCACCCCAACCAUCUGCACCUCGACCAGAGAACCACCCAUCUCCACCCCAACCAUCUGCACCUCGACCAGAGAACCACCCACCUCCACCCCAACCAUCUGCACCUCGACCAGAGAACCACCCACCUCCACCCCAACCAUCUGCACCUCGACCAGAGAACCACCCACCUCCACCCCAACCAUCUGCACCUCAACCAGAGAACCACCCACCUCCACCCCAACCAUCUGCACCUCGACCAGAGAACCACCCAUCUCCACCCCAACCAUCUGCACCUCGACCAGAGAACCACCCAUCUCCACCCCAACCAUCUGCACCUCAACCAGAGAACCACCCACCUCCACCCCAACCAUCUGCACCUCGACCAGAGAACCACCCAUCUCCACCCCAACCAUCUGCACCUCGACCAGAGAACCACCCAUCUCCACCCCAACCAUCUGCACCUCGACCAGAGAACCACCCAUCUCCACCCCAACCUCCACCCUGAAGACGUCCACCCCGAGCAGAGAACUAGUCCAGCCCAGGAAAAAAGCCUUGACAAAACAACCAUCCACCCCCACCACUACGUCCACCCCUACCUCCACCCCUACGUCCACCCCUACCUCCACCCCUACGUCCACCCCUACCUCCACCCCUACGUCCACCCCUGCGUCCACCCCUACCUCCACCCCUACGUCCACCCCUACGUCCACCCCUACCUCCACCCCUACCUCCACCCCUACGUCCACCCCUACCUCCACCCCUACCUCCACCCCUACGUCCACCCCUACCUCCAACCCUACCUCCACCCCUACCUCCACCCCUACCUCCACCCCAACCUCCACCCCGAGCAGAGAUCUAGUCCAGCCCAGGAAAAAAGCCUCCACGAAAAAAGAAAAGGGCAUCCUGGAGGGUACAGGAGGUAAGAAGACACAGCAAGAAGCCAACACACAAACAGAGUCUGGCUAUGUUACCGUCAAAGAAUCUGAAGUUAUUCAGCUGGAUGUUUACUUGCAGGAGGCUCUAUGGAGAGAGGAGAGCCUGAAGAAGAAGUUGGCUGUUCUCCAGAAGCGUGGCUCCACCCUGCUGCGAUACUCUGACCACCUAUGGGCUACAAGCUGCAACGAAGACCUCCUAAAGCACAAGAUCAGAGCAUUAGAAACACAGCUGCAAGUCUGUCUGCAGAAACAGAAGCUCCCCUUGGAUGGAGGGAAGAAGCUAGUGCUACAGAUGGAGAACCAGAAGGGAGCGUAUGAGGAGAAAGCCUUGGUGUUCAUCCAGAGGGCUACAGAGGAGAAAAGGGAAGCUCUCCAUCAGGCCGAGACACUCGAGAUGUUGCUGCAGGCAGCCAGGGUGGAAGCAGCGCAGUGGCAGGGUCUGUGUGAGGAAAUGAAGGAGAGCUCAGAACAGCUGAAGAAGAAACAGGAGCUCAGCUCUGAACAGGUUCUACAUCUGCAGAACCAACUGGAGCUGGCCAGGGGUCAGGAGGCGGGGCUGAGGGAGGAGCUGGGGGCAGUACAGCGAGUGGAGGAGGAGUUACAGUCCAACAUUGUUCUGCUGGAAGAACAGAACCAGAACCUGAGAGACCAGAUCCAUGAGAUGAGAGAUGCCAGAGCUAAUACUCAGGAGGUGUCCCUGGAUGAAUCCCUGGCCCAGUUGGAUGUGUCUCUGGAGCAGUCGGAGGAGGAGGAGGAGACCCUGGCCCAGCUGGAGCGGACCCUGGCCCAGUUGGAUGUGUCUCUGGAGCAGUCGGAGGAGGAGGAGGAGACCCUGGCCCAGCUGGAGCGGACCCUGGCCCAGUUGGAUGUGUCUCUGGAGCAGGAGGAGGAGGAGGAGACCCUGGCCCAGUUGGAUGUGUCUCUGGAGCAGUCAGAGGAGGAGGAGACCCUGGCCCAGUUGGAUGUGUCUCUGGAGCAGGAGGAGGAGACCCUGGCCCAGUUGGAUGUGUCUCUGGAGCAGUCGGAGGAGGAGGAGACCCUGGCCCAGCUGGAGCGGACCCUGGCCCAGCUGGAUGUGUCUCUGGAGCAGUCGGAGGAGGAGCUGAUUGUAUCGUCACAGCAGAAGCAGCUAUCAUGGGGAGAUGGAGAUCAGGUUCUGGAGCAGCUCCGUCACGCUCUGGACCGAUUACAGCUGAAGGAGAGGGAGUGUGAGGAGCUGCAGAACGAUCUGGAAGCCGUGGAGGCAGAGUGCCAGUCGUGCCAGGUCCGUCUGACGCAGUGCAGGGACGAACUCCGACAGCUCAGCCACCGACGCAGCAGCAGGAAGCCCUGUGUCUCGUGGAUAUGGCUCUGUGUUCUACUACCACUGCUCCUGUCCAUGGUGGCGGUGGCCAUCUUGUGGGCGUGGCAUCCUCCCUUCAAGGACCAAGUCCAGGACCUGUACUCAGCUGUAGAGGAACACAUGGAGGACUAUCUAAUGCAGGCCGCCUCUCCACAACACGUUGGCUGCUUCAGGCCUGUCUGACCACAGCACUAGCCUGAGUCCCACAUCGGUUUGGGCUCUCCUGCCAACUCUUAGACAUUGGACUUGACAAGACAGUACAAAGAGAUCUGGGACUCAGGCUACCACAGCUCAGGUUUAUGAUUUAUAGUUUGAUUGAGUUUGUUUUGUGUAUAUUAUGAAUUUUUGUUAAGGUAUUAUUAAUUUAUUUUUAACAAAAAAAUCUAGCAAAAACAAUCCAAAUGAUAAAAGACAAAACAAUCUAUUAAUUUAAUUUAUAUUUAUACCUCAGAACCUUUGUGUGCCUUUAUAGAUGAAUUGAGAAUGACAACUAAGAAUUAGUUGCUUUUGAUUUCAACUUUGAAGUAGUCUCUCUGCAGAUAUAGUUUGAUUGACUUUAACAUGAAUGUUUACAAUGUUACACAUUACACAAACUUUGGGAUACAAAUAACAAUUUACUGCCUAUCAGUGGAGGCUGCUGAGAGGAGGACGGUUCAUAGUAAAGACUGGAAUGGAGUCAAUGGAAUGGAAUCAAACCACAUGUUUGACUCCAUUCCAUUGAUUCCAUUCCAUUGACUCCAUUCCAUUGACUCCAUUCCAUUGAUUCCAUUCCAUUGAUUCCAUUCCAUUGAUUCCAUUCCAUUGAUUCCAUUCCAUUGACUCCAUUCCAUUGACUCCAUUCCAUUGACUCCAUUCCAUUGACUCCAUUCCAUUGAUUCCAUUCCAUUCCAUUGACUCCAUUCCAUUGACUCCAUUCCAGUCUUUACUAUGAGGGGCGGGGCGGCAGGGUAGCCUAGUGGUUAGAGCGUUGGACUAGUAACCAAAAGGUUUGUUUGUUCAAAUCCCCGAGCUGACAAGGUACAAAUCUGUCAUUCUGCCCCUGAACAGGCAGUUAACCCACUGUGCCUAGGCCAUCAUUGAAAAUAAGAAUUUGUUCUUAACUGACUUGCCUAGUAAAAUAAAGGUAAAAAAAUAAAUACAAAUAAAUAAAUAAAUGAACCUUCCUCCACUCAGCAGCCUCCAACGCUGCCUAUGCAUCAUUACGUAAAGAUUGUUCAAUAUCUGUGUUUGAAAUUAUUAUAUUUGACUAAUGCACCUCAUAUUUUUGUUGGACACCAAAAAAUUGUGCAGAUCAUGAAAAUCGUGAGAUAAGUAUCACAAUAAAUAUUCUGUUUUGUGUCA